AUGCGACUUGGCUGGUAUGCUGGGGCCUCAACGGCCCUUGCGGGCACCGUUGUGCUCUCAGCCUUUUAUCAGCGGGCCAACUUUUAUUCGGCCAUGGUAUAUCUCGCUCAGAGCAACUUUUGCUUAUUGAUCUUGGUCAACUUUGCGCUACUCUCCUACAGUAGCUUUAUUUACAGUUUAACACGCUUGUUCUACGGACCCCUCCGCGCCGUUGAAGUCGAACAACUUACAGAACGUGCCUGGUUUGCGAUUACGGAAACAUGCCUGGCCAUGACCAUCUUCCGAGAGGAAAUUGGCGCUUGGUUUCUCGUAAUGUUCGCUGCUUUGAUUACGGGUAAAGUUUGGGGGUGGAUCGGUGAUGGACGAGUCGAGGUUCUCGAGCAACAGCCGCCUGCGAACCCACGACUGUUUCAUUUGCGACUAAGCGUGUCGCUCGCUCUCAGCUUCUUCUACGACGUCUACAUCCUCCAAUACACGAUCAAUACGGUUAUACAACAAGCGAGACCUAACAUGAUGGUUAUGUUCCUCUUCGAGUUCGCAGUGUUGGCAACAAGUUCAUUGCGGACAGGAGCCCGGUAUGCACUGUCAUUAACGGAGCACAAUAUCCAAGAGCAGCAGAAGCGUAAGAGAUUGGCCGAAAGGAGACAGGAAGUUAGAGAGGAGCGAGAGGCCAUGAUACGACAACGCGAAGCAGCUGCAGCGGCAGGCGAAGAGGUCUCCAACGACCCUCUCCCAAGCGAGGACGAUAUUGAUGAAAUGGAUAUCGAAGUGCCGGGUUGGUCUGCUAAAGGAGAAUUUGUUCUUUGGCUUGACCUUGCGACUGAUUUGGUCAAGCUUGGCAUAUAUAUCGUCUUCUUCUUUAUGCUCCUUACUUUCUACGGAUUACCGAUUCACAUUAUGAGAGAUCUAUUCAUGACGGCGCGCGACUUCAUCAAGAGACUGGGCGCCUUACUGAGAUACCGAAAAGCUAUCCAGGAGAUGAACCGCUACCCCGAUGCCACCCAAGAAGAGCUUACACGAGAGGAUACCUGCAUUAUCUGCCGUGAAGAAAUGCGACCCUGGGAUCCCGAGAACAACCCGGGAGCAAUGGACAGAAUUCGACCGAAGAAGUUACCCUGUGGACAUAUUCUGCAUCUCGGCUGCCUCAAGAGCUGGCUCGAAAGACAGCAGGUAUGUCCCACGUGCCGUAGCCCUGUUACGCUUAACGAGAACGCUCGCGCUGCCCAAAACCGGGCUGCUAGACUUGAAAUACAAGUAGGAGGGGGCGGACGCCCUGCGGAACGGCAAGAGCUGGCAAACCCUUUUGCCGGAGCUCCUCCUGGACAGCAGAAUGGAGGUGCCCAACCUGGACAAGCACCAGCUCCGCCACGGGUUUUCAAUCUUGGUCCUUUCCGUGUUGGCUUUGGAGCCAAUGGACACCAAGUCAGAGAACUUGCACAGCAAUUCGGUAUGCCUCAGGCUGCUCUUAAUCAACAAGGACUAGCCCCUCCUACUCCAGGGGCUGGUACACCUACCGUUACUGGCCAGACUGCCCCAGCGACUCCUCUUCCUACUGGCGAUAACUUACAGAACGCUGGAAAUCUACUACACCAGGCAGAUCAGUUGAUUCAACGCGAACUGCAAUCAGCCCUGAUGGCGCAUCAAGAGAUACAGACACUUCAGCUUCUUCAAGCAGAGUUACAACGUCUUAGACAAAGACAGCAACAGCCAGACCAGGCCCAAAACCCCCUGACACACCCGAUACCACCUCCCACUUUCCCACUGACUCAACCCCUCAUGCCUCAGCCUUUCCCUGUGCCACCACAGAUGGCUAUGCCUCUGAAUUUUUCGCAAUUCCCUGGCAUCCCCCCACGGAACCCAAGUCCCCUGAUGGCUCGCCAUGGUGCUCCCCCUAAUGCGGUGCCCAUCCCCUCUGGCAGCUCUGAACUUCCUGAAGGGGUUGUAAUUCCACCUGGCUGGUCUUUGUUGCCCCUGCAACGCCUGGAUGGCAGCCAGGCUUCAGCACAGCACUCGCCGCAAGUAGGGCCUCAAACAGCGAUGCCAGACAAUAUCAGUGUAGCUCAAUCUCCAUUCGCAGCUAGACAGCCGUCUCCGAUCGGCAGCCGGAACCAAGAAGCCCAGCCAGCUGAGAAUGCACCUGUUCCCGCCUCUACUGAGCAACGUCCCCCUCAAUUCCCAACGCAGCUCACGCGCGCUGUCGACCCCCCUCAUGUUGUUGCGCCGAGUCCUCGCUUGCCUAACUGGGGAGGCUCAGCCCAACUAUUUGGCAGCAAUUCUCGUCUGGAUCAGAACGAACAUGGGCAUCGGAGCGAGUUGCAGGCAGAGGCAAACUCAAGCCAGUCUGGUCCCGCUGAGGUCAUAUCUCAGCCAAGCCCAGCAGCUGAACAUACGCCACAAGGAUCUUCACCAUCAAACAGUGAAGAUGAUGAAGAGCCGGGAGAUAGCUCCUCGAAAGGCAAGGCCAAAGCGGUGACCGUGGAAGAUGUCGAGGAUGAGGAGGAUAAGGACACUACAAAGGAGGAUUGA